GUACCGCUGGCUACCCAACAGGAGAGGAGGGGUGUCCGGGUUUGGGGUGCCCCCUGCUAGCAUGAGGCGAGCUGCUGAUGAGAAUGGAGGCGGGAGACACAACUGGGGCCAGGGCGUCCGACUUGGAGACCAGUGAGGAGCAGCCCCUGACCUGCCCACCAGCCGUGCGAAGCAGAUGGCAGUGCCCUCCCGCUGCCAGGCCCGCUUAAUGGCCAAGGUUUUGCUGCCGUGCUCGGACCUGACCCACGCUGAAUGUAGUCUUUGAGUACAAGAUGAGAUUUUUUAACCCUGAAGGAAAAUACAAGUGUUGCUCAAGUUUCAUGCUUCCCAUUCAAGUCUUUACUGCUGUGAAGAACAAAUAUCAGCUGUGCAGAUUUUAAAACCGACUCAUUUGCUGGUGUCUUCUCUUCCUCCCUUUCCGUCUGAAUAAUGGGCUGGCCAAGUGGGGUUGGUUAGCCAAGCCCCACCCAAGGGCCCCUUCCUCUUUCUCACACACGUCCCCAGGGUUGCUGCUAGAGUUGUUCACAAAAUGGUUUUGCCUUUGACAAACUCUUAUGUAUUGAUUUUUGCCAAAGCUUGGUCACAAAGAGCUUGUUCACGCCUGGUUCUCAGCUGUCCCUGGCAGGACUGUGACAGUAGGGAGAAGACUGGAUGAAGCGCUUUCUCAGCUGUGGGGACUGCGUCAGCCUGACAACAGUGCAGCCAUUUGCUGCCUCCUCAGAUAUUUUUAUACAAAAAGCACCACUGAGUCAGUGAGGGCUCAGGCUGGGAUAAUGAGGUUUAGGAGUUGUUGCUACCCUCUUUUCUCCCCCUAAGCCAAGUGAUCAGAACUAUAGCGGAGGUGCUUCUAACACAGAGAAUGGGUUUAAACAUGACCUCCUUGUGUUUCUUCCAUGGGGUGGGCUGGCAUUGUGUACCCAGAGCAGUGGUGCUGUGCUGGGUUGUGUUAGGCGGUUCCAAAUCACACUGGCCAGACAGAUGUCCUUGGAGGCCAGCCUGGGGCUUGAUUCCGUUUCAUCCUCAUUGUGAGUGUGUGUUCAUUGAGUCGGUGGAGGAGAGAGCGUCAGACUCUUGAAAUUUUUCUUCCAUUUUGUUCUUGUCCCUUAAUUCCGGUCAAGUGUCUUGUUAAUGGUGAGGGAAUUACGGCUCUUGGGAUUCGUGUCAAUCAGGUUUGGAGGCUAACAGAGGCACACCUGAGUAAGUCACACGGAAUUAGAGUCUCCACUAGCUUUAGACUUACUCGUGUCUCUUGUCCUGGGUCAUGCAUGUAUACACUUUGUGAAUCAGACCCACUCCCCUUUUUACGGGUGGGCUUCUGGCUGCUGAGCUCAGCUCAUCACUAAAUAAAGUUUUCUGAAGGCUACAGUGCUUUAUAUAGUUACUUUAUGCUUUCUUUCUGAAUCCAGGCUGCUGGGAGCAGUGUCAUGGCCGCUAUACUUUGAAUGCAGUCAAAAGCUUUCUGACACUUUGGUUGGUUCCUUGCAGGAAAUGGGCCCUAACAGUAUGACUUGUCUUUGUCUGCGCAUUAAAACUGUGAUGGGAGUUGGAAAGAGUUCGGUUUCAUGAGUUGGUGUGCCUCUCCAUGUUUAAUUUGUAUGAUACACUCUUGGGUGGAGAGAGGCUGAACCUGAACUCUCCGGCUCUCCUGCUGACCUGAGGCUGUGAUAACGUGUGUUUGUAAAAUUCCAAACGCCACUCUCCCUAUGGCCUUGCACGUGCUCUCCCUGUGCAAGGUGGAGGCUCGAACUCGGAAAGGACUCUACUAGCGAGAGAGCAAGAGAUCCUUCUGUGCUCUCUUAGCAGGCUGGCUCCCGAGAGCACUGGUUGUUAAGAGUCUGCAAGUGUGUAGAACUUCCCUGUUGAAGGCAAAAUGUUCAUUAGAGUUUUUCUUCCAGACAUGGGUAGGAAGCUGAUAGUUUUAUUUUCUUGCCUGGAUUACCAAAGCGAGAUAUUUGAGUUUUGACUUCACAAGCUAAGACAUCACAGUGGGUUCUCUUUAUGAAUGUGAAAAAAAAACUUAUUUUGUACAGACAGCUUUCCUUUUUGUAACUAAUCCUUUUUACUGGUAAAUAUUGUAAAUUAAAAUGUGCAACUUGAA